AUGGUGGGGCAAUGGAAGGAAGAAGAUGAUGAAGAGGUGGUGAUCAGAUGCUACGAUGAUCGUAGGGACAGAAUUGAAAUGGAGUGUGUGGAGAGAAGUUGUGAGAUUGGUCACGACCAAACUUUUCUCUUCACAGACAGUUUAGGCGAUCCCAUAUGCAGAAUCCGAAACACUCCUCUCUUCACUAUGCUGGUGGCACAAGUUGGGAACAAGCUGGUGGGUUCCAUACAAGGCUCAGUAAAGCCAGUGGAGUUUCAUGAUAAGUCAGUGAAAGUGGGUUACGUUCUUGGUCUCAGAGUCGUGCCGCAGUAUCGACGCAGUGGCAUUGGUUCGACACUAGUGAGAAAGCUUGAGGAAUGGUUCGUGGCUCACAAUGCUGACUAUGCUUACAUGGCCACCCAAAAGGACAAUGAGGCAUCUCUUGGCCUCUUUGUCGGUAGACUUGGCUAUGUCGUCUUCAGAAACCCGGCAAUCUUGGUCAAUCCGGUCAACCCCGGUCGCGGUUUGAAACUGCCUUCCGAUAUCGAAAUAAAGAAGCUAAAGGUGAAAGAAGCUGCAUCAUGGUACCAGAGACAUGUGGCAUCAACAACAGAAUUUUUCCCUAAGGACAUAGAGAAAAUCUUGCGGAACAAGUUAAGUAUCGGGACAUGGGUGGCUUAUUACAACAACAACGACAACACCGGAAGUUGGGCCAUGCUUAGUGUGUGGGACAGUAGCAAAGUCUUUAAACUUAGGAUCGAAAAAGCUCCUUUGAGCUAUUUGCUUCUCACCAAAGUUUGCAACUAUCUCGGUAGAUUCUUCCCGUUCUUGGGUUUAACGGCGUUACCUGAUCUGUUUAACUCGUUUGGUUUUUAUUUCCUUUACGGCGUUCACGCGGAAGGUCCGUUACGUGGGAAACUCGUUAGGGCUUUGUGUGAGCACGUUCAUAACAUGGCUGCGUUGGACGAUGGUGGCGCGUGUAAAGUCGUGGUCGUAGAGGUCGAUGGAGAACGCGACGGCGAUGAUGAUUCUCUGAGGAGAUGUGUUCCGCAUUGGAAAAUGCUUUCGUGUGAUGAUGAUACAUGGUGCAUCAAACCGUUGAGAUGUGAUGAGAAGAUGUCCGGUUUGAGUGAGGUUACAAAAAUGUUAUUGAGUUCAAAAUCUCGGUCUCUCUUUGUGGAUCCAAGAGAUGUGUAGCUAAGC